CAUCUUAUUCAUCUUCUUCAUCUUCUUCCUCCUUUGCCGCUUCUUCACGGCGGGAUGGAACGUGGAAGCGGUUAAUUACUAUCUCUGUUUUCUCGUUAUUGGAAACAGAAGAGGUUUUUCCGAUGUGCGGACUAGCCGUUGACGUUAAUUAUUUUCCAGUUCAGCUACAGUUAUCCUCUAGCACUAUUUGUUAACUCCGUUCAAUGGAUGAUGUGAAAUUAGCUGAUCAUACAUCUCCACAAUCCUCGUUAAUCUCCCAAGAUGGUAGUCACUCUCUUGAUGAAAAUCCAAACCACCUAGUUAACAAUGGAAUUAUGGGUCCAAGCCAAGUUCUCUUAAAUUCUGUUGCUAAUGGAAAACUUGAAGGUAAAAUUGAACUCUCUCCAAGCCCAGUUGAUGGAACUGUGCGAUCUGAGAGUCCACAUCAAAUGUCUGAAAAUUCUGUAUUGUCAGCCAUAGAAGAUGCUCCUAGUGAUGUAAAUUUGAGGCAAGAUGAACGGAUUACAUCCAAUAAUUCAGGUCUGAGUUCAACAGUUCCAGAUGAUAGAUUAGACGAACACAAUCGAAAUACCUUGAUGGAAGACCCCAGAACUCAGUCAGUUGAAGAUAUGCCUGAGAAACGUCAUGAAGAACAAUCUACAGUCCACAGUAAUUCUGCCAAUGAUGUCAUUAUGCCAUCUGUUUCCUCUUCAGUUGAGGAUACACCUGAGAAACAUCCUCAGGAACAAUCCUCAGUCCAUAGGGACUCUGCUGCUAUCAAUGAGGUCAUGAUGCCAUCUAUUUUCUCUUCAGUUGAGGAUAUUCCUGAGAAACUUUCUCAGGAACAAUCUCCAGUCCAUAAUGACUCUGCUGCCAUCAAUGACGACAUUAUGCCAUCUGUUCUCUCUUCUGAGUCAAUGGUUAUAAAGAAUGAGAAUGUUGUACAAUUAGAUGGGCUUGCAGAGGGUGAGAGAAUUUCGGGUGGAAAAACUGGAUCUGUUGAUUCUAAAGAUGUGAAGCAAAGUGAGAUAAACAGAGGCCUCAUUGAUACAACUGCGCCAUUUGAAUCAGUUAAAGAAGCUGUUUCAAAGUUUGGUGGGAUUGUUGAUUGGAAAGCUCAUCGAAUCCAAACAGUUGAGAGACGCAAACUUGUGGAGCAAGAACUCGAGAAAUUACACGAGGAGAUUCCUGAAUACAGGAGACUGUCAGAAACUGCUGAAGAUGAGAAAAAGAAAGUUCUAAAGGAACUGGAUAGCACUAAGCGGCUGAUAGAGGAACUAAAGCUUAACCUAGAGAGGGCACAAACAGAAGAGCAUCAGGCAAGGCAAGACUCUGAGCUCGCGAAACUCAGGGUUGAAGAGAUGGAGCAAGGCAUUGCCGAAGAGUCUAGUGUAGCUGCCAAGGCACAGCUUGAGGUUGCUAAAGCUAGGCACAUAGCUGCAGUUUCAGAGCUUAAAUCUGUCAAAGAGGAGUUGGAAUCACUUUGCAAAGAGUUUGCCUCUUUGGUCAUAGAAAAGAAUGCAGCAAUAGCUAAAGCUGAAGAUGCUGUUGCAGCAUCCAAGGAAGUUGAGAAGGCAGUGGAAGAUCUAACUAUUGAGCUUAUGGCCAACAAGGAGUCUUUAGAGUCUGCACAUGCUACUCAUUUGGAGGCAGAGGAGCAAAGAAUAGGUGCCGCUAUGGCCAGAGAGCAAGAUUCUCUUAACUGGGAGAAAGAGUUGAAGCAGGCCGAAGAGGAGCUUCAGAGUCUUAAUCAGAAAAUUUUGUCAGCAAAGGAUCUGAAAUCAAAACUGGACACUGCCUCAAAUUUGCUAAUAGAUUUAAAAGCUGAAUUAGCAGCUUAUAUGGAAUCAAAACUGGAAGAGGAGCCUGAUAAUCAGGAUGGUCACACAAAAAGUGAGGGAGAGGAACCUGAGAAGAAAACACAUACAGAUAUACAAGCAGCUGUUGCUUCAGCGAAACAGGAACUUGAGGAAGUAAAACUCAAUAUUGAGAAAGCAACUUCUGAAAUAAACUGUCUGAAGGUGGCUGCAACAUCGUUAAGAACAGAGCUUGAAAGAGAGAAAUCUGCUCUAGCCACAUUGAAGCAAAGAGAAGGAAUGGCAUCAAUAGCAGUUGCAUCUCUUGAAGCUGAAGUGGAAAGAACUAGGUCAGAAAUAGCUUUAGUUCAAAUGAAGGAAAAAGAGGCCAGGGAAAUGAUGGUGGAGCUUCCUAAACAAUUACAGCAAGCUGCACAAGAAGCUGAUCAGGCCAAAUCAGUGGCUCAAGUGGCUCGAGAGGAGCUACGCAAAACAAGAGAGGAAGCAGAGCAAGCAAAAGCUGGAGCAAGUACUAUGGAGAGUAGAUUGCUUGCAGCUCGGAAAGAGAUUGAGGCUGCAAAGGCUUCAGAAAGAUUGGCGUUGGCAGCAAUCAAGGCAUUACAAGAGAGCGAAUCAGCAAGAGAUGCCAACAAUGCAGACUCUCCAGCAGGAGUUACACUCUCACUAGAGGAGUACUAUGAGCUUAGCAAGUGUGCUCAUGAGGCAGAGGAACAAGCCAACGUCAGAGUGGCAGCUGCACUGUCUCAAAUUCAGGUAGCCAAGGAAUCCGAGUCAAGAAGCGUCGAAAAACUUGAAGAAGUAACCCAGGAGAUGGCUACCAGAAAGGAAGCACUAAAAAUUGCCAUGGAGAGGGCUGAGAAAGCCAAGGAAGGAAAGUUGGGUGUAGAACAAGAGUUACGAAAAUGGAGAGCCGAGCACGAACAACGAAGGAAGGCUGGUGACACUAGCAUUGGAUUAAUGAACCCGAUUCGCAGUCCAAGGGCGAGUUUCGAGGGGAAGAACGAACCAUCAGAUUUAGUCAGUGCAUCUGAGGCCACAGGUACUGAUCCCUCAAUUUCAACAAGCCCCAAGGGAAAUAUGCAAAGAAGCUUUACAACAUUGGAUUCGUUCUCAGAAGCAAAAGCACCAAAGAAAAAGAAGAGGUCAUUUUUUCCUCGAAUUCUCAUGUUUCUGGCCAGAAAAAAGACUCAACCAAACAAGACAUCCUAAAUCGUUUCGUUUGGGAGUACACAUUUCUUAUUUACACUGUCGAUAUUUUCACCUUCUCCUUUCAAGUUGGUUUUUGCUGAUGGAGAUUAUAAUCAAUCGAUGAGUUGGAAGAAAUACGUGAUUGUACAUGAUGGUGGUUAAUAUAUAUUUUUUUUAUUGUACGAUAAAAAGGGUGUUCGUGCGUCCAUUAAAAAACGUUGUCGUGCACUGCCGAUGGGAUUGAAAGAUGUAAUCAGUUUCUACGUUUUGAUUCUUGGAUGAUGAGGCUGUUCUCGUAUCAUUGUCGUGUAUAAUGAAUGUAUAGGCUUGAAAAAGAAAAAGAGCUACAAGUUCUGCGAGUUUUAAAAAAAUGUGAAGUUUAGAUAUCUUUGGUCCUUAAA